AUGAUAGUUGGUAUUGAAGAUACAGUUGAUAGGAAUGUGUUUAUAAAAAGAGUUACUGGUCUUGAUCAUGAAAAUGUUAAAGUUACACUAAAAGAACAUAUUAAUCUUAAAUCAAAUAUUAUCAAUAAGGAAAGAAAAGUUUAUGUCUCUGCUUGUAAGGAACUUGGGCUUAAUAGACUUACAAAUGAUAGUUAUCAAAAAGAUUUAGUUAAACCAGUUAAAUUACACCUUAAUAAUGUUAUAAGUGUAAUGAGUCGUUUUAGAGAAUUUCAGAGCGAGAGAGAUGAUUUAUCAUUUGAAGCGGAUAAGAUUGAUUUAUUUAUAAAAGAAUACUUAUGA